AUGCGCGUAGUUCAGGACACACACGUCGACAACUCCACCCCUCGCGUCCUGUACUCUGACGGAUCUCUUCUGAACUCGGGAACGCUAGAAGUAUCCCAGGCCUUUGGAGUGGUGGAUCUCACUCAGGACAACCCUCUGACAGUACAAGGACGAACGGACGGUCACGCAUCCUCGGCUAAGGCCGAGCUCAUGGGCUUAUUAGCCACAGUCUUGUCAGCACCAUCAGAACAGGACAUUGUGGUCAAGCUGGACAAUCAGUCAGUGGUGGAUCAGUAUAGUCGCCUGGUGAAGAAUCGUCGGGACACCUUACCGAGGAAGCGAUUCAGGAGUACAUAUGCGGGUAUCUGGGCGGUGCUUUGUCAGGUUGUGGAAUCUCGGCCAGGCGGGGUUGAGGUGGUGUGGAUCAAAGGUCACAGCAACAUCCACGGAAACGAACUUGCGGAUCAGGCGGCGAAGGUGGCAGCACAGAGUGGUUCAGUGCCCUGGAUGGUGGAUCUCACUCAACAGACGGAUAUCACGACCUUUGCACAUUGUUACGGCGGGAUUGUUGAAAUCGAUCUACGUCAGCUCCUCAAACAACAAUCGACAAUCCGUCACCAUCAGGCCUGGACGUCACAGAGGCGGGUCAAGAGGGCGAUCCCUGACAUCGAUGACGUGGAAUGGAACUCGACCUUGGCUUAUGUCCACGACAGGCACGCAGUCUUCACCUUUUACAGCAACAGCAAGGACUCUCACCAACGCACACAUCAUAUCAAAAAGCUGCAUGGAAUGCUGCCCACUCUGAACUCCAUGCAGGCUCGCAAGCCCAACCUGUACCCAACAUGCGUGUGCCGACGAUGCGAGCUCGAGAAUGAGGAUAACGAUCACGUUUGGAAAUGCCCUUCGGCAGCUGAGACCACCACUGAGAUCUGGAAGGAGGCCAUGGGCAAGAUUAAUGAGUGGGGUGUGCAGGCGACAAACAGCUACAACGCAGCCAGGAAGCGAGAAUACAAACGCGCGGUGGACAGAGGUCGUCAGGUACCGAGGCCAGUACCCAUACACUGGUGGCCCCCUUCGGAUGCGGAUCAUGUGCGAGGAUUUUCCUCCAUCGGUGGAGCUCGAGCCGUGCACAGCGGUAGUCCAGCUCCCGAUCGAGACGAGAAACCGAUGUGGAAUGUGUCGGAUCUCCUCCGCGGCAUCACCCCCUUGAGCAUGUUGACUGAAUGGUCCGCGGUCUUCCGGACCCCAAUGUCCAUCGCCAAGACAGUCCUUCACAAGUUUGUUGGCUACCUGGAGGCGCAGGCCUCGGAGCUGAUCUGGAAACCUCGGUGCUCCGCGACGAUCGCGUGGGAACAAAGCCAGGGCAUCUCUGCCAAGGACAAGACAUCCAAGUACACAGGCCCCCGAGGUGACUGGAGUCAAGGAUACGGUUACAUCACGCACGAUGGUUUCUGUCCGUGUGGCGCUUCGCUAGCCACACAUGAUGAAGGAAGGUGCCCUGGAGCGACCAAGGACCCACGCGCUGCUGACGAGCGGUUGUUGGAGAAGCAGCGACAAUUGUUGCGCAGAGCCAGGUUCUGGACCGGACUGCGACUGGCGGAUGGUGCACUGAAGAGUUUGACCCAGUGGAUCAUCGCCGUCAUCACCCUCGUCGUGAUGACCGUCGAGAAGCGGAUCCAGGACUACAAGUUUGUUCGGUGCCGACCGCGACGAGGGCUUCAUCACCCAGAGGAAGAACCCGCACCAGUGUGCCGCAGCCGAUAUCGGCGACAAGGUCGUCAAGAACAACAACAACUACGAGACGCGUAUCCACACCUGACGUAUCCCCAUGAGGUGUACGAGUGCGUGACCCAGGAGAAAAAGGAGGAUAUCUUGGAGUGGAUCAGACAAGUCGCGUUCAAGAAGGUCGAGAACCAAGUACAUGUCGGUCCUGCUCUUUUUUUUUUUGGCACCAAGUUCAGGGAAGUGACAGAGGCCUUUCGAUCUCGGGUCCUGCUUCUCCUGCGGGAUCUCGCCUCGGAUGGUGGUGUCCCCAGCACCUUCGUCUUCAAGACCAUGGCACACUUGAACCUGGCCCAAAUGACUGACCUUCAAGACCGUAUCAUCUUUGUGCUAGGCUCGUUCAGCGAAGACGAGAACGAAUUGACGCUGGAUGAGCUUGUCUGGAAGAGCUUGUCUGGAGGGCUACAAUCGCGGUCAAUGUCCUCCUUUCUGUGUCGUCUCACCUCGACCGAGUUCGAAUACUUUUACUCCUCAACCAGCUUCGGUGAUGAUCAAGAAGACAGCGACGAGUUGCUUUCGGCCGCUGCGAAACGACUGUGGUACGUCUGCAGGGAGAAGUACCGAUCUGACGAACGGUCGUACAGCUUACAGAACUGA